CAGGGCCGCGGCCCGGGCGGUGCGGGCGGGGAGAGGCGCUGCGUGAGGGAGGGGCGGGUGGCGCGGCCCGGGCAGGAAGCGCUCGGCAGCGGCUCGCUGCUUUGAGGGCGCUGCUCUUCGGGGAGCUGCCGCGGCUGGCCUAGUCCUUGUGGGGAGCAUGCGGCGGCGGGAGGAGGACGAGUGAAGGGCUGCGCCUUUUUGCCUCCUCCCUCGCCGGGCUUUGCUGUCGGGGCUGCGGUAGGAGCCGGGAGGAAGAUGGAGCCGUUCCCUAGCGCACUUCUGUGAACUCUGUCUAGCACUGAAUGCUCUGAAAUAAGUGCGGUCUGUGUAGCAGGGAGAGGUCAUCCCUGCGUCUGUGUAUGUACACGAAGACUUGCAUGCUCUUUUCUGCGGGCAUUGUACACUACAAGCUUGGAACUGGAUGCGUUGCAUUAGCAACAUAACCUGAAUAGAGUGCUCCAGCACCUGUUACAAGUAGAAAGGUGACGUGAUGGUCAGAAUAACGAACCGAAGAGAAAGAACUUAAUCUGUUUGAAGUGUUUCUUUUGAUGAGAACAAACGUUGUUACUUGGAAAGGGGUUACAAGUCUCAUGCCCUGUUAAAACAGUGUCAGAAGAUCAGAGUGUAAAGUCAUGAAUCCUGCUGGUACUUUUCCAUUGAGGAGAUGGGUUCCGCUUGCAGGAUGACUGAAGCCAUUGAACAUCUGUGGGAUACGCAGUGAGACACAAGUGUUGAAAACCUACUGACCUCAGUACCUGUCAUCUGGAAAAGGAUUGCGGGACUUUCUUCUUGUCUCUUAGCAGUGAGAUGGUGCAUCUGCCAGGAAGAGCGGGAAAAGGCUGUGGAGAGAGAGAAGCCCUGGAGACCUCAUCCAUUUGGUCCCAGAGGUAGAAAUUUGAGCGUUGCUCUGCCCGCCUCCUGGGGCACCGCCGGGGUUGCAGCCCCUCCUGGGCGUUGUCUCAGCCUGGAGGUUCAAAUAAAUCCUGGUGCUGCUGCUGGAUGGAUCAAGCUUUGUGGUCAUGUGCUGCUGCCCUGGCCUUCACCGUAUCUGGGGAGACAAGAGCCUGAUUUCAACAGAGAUCUGAGAUGCCUUUUACUGUUCUGCUUGAUCAGAUUCAGCUACCCAGAAACAUGAUUGAAAACAGUAUGUUUGAGGAAGAACCUGAUGUGGUUGACUUGGCAAAAGAGCCUUGUUUACACCCCCUGGAGCCUGAUGAAGUUGAAUAUGAACCAAGAAGCUCACGCCUCUUGGUGCGUGGCCUUGGGGAGCAUGAAAUGGACGAUGAUGAAGAGGAUUAUGAGUCAUCAGCAAAACUACUGGGGAUGUCCUUCAUUAACAGAAGCUCGGGUCUCCGGAAUAACAUGUCUGUCUACAGACAGAGUCCAGAUGGUUCUUGCUCAGUGCCCUCUAUGAGGACCAUGCUGGUUUGCACUGUUGUUCUUGUGAUUGCAGUUUCAGUGAUAAUGGUGAUUUAUCUCCUUCCCAAAUGUACCUUUACCAAAGAAGGCUGCCAUAAAAAAAAUCGUACAAUGGAACUGAUAUACCCUUUGGCAACCAAUGGAAAGCUGUUUCCAUGGGCAAAAGUAAGACUUCCUUCUGAUGUUGUACCACUCCAUUAUGAUCUUGACUUGCAGCCAAACCUAACUACUCUGAAAUUUACAGGCUCUGUAAAGAUAGUGGUUAAUGUCACCCAGGUAACUAAGAAGAUCGUGCUUCACAGCUCAGGACUAAAUAUCACCAAGGCAACUAUUACUUCAACAGAAGGAAGUCAAGAAAAGCCAGUUGAAUUGCUGGAGUAUCCAUUGCAUGACCAGAUUGCAGUCAUGGCUCCUGAGUCUCUCCUUGCAGGACAGAAUUACACUGUCAGCUUAGAAUAUUCAUCUAAUUUAUCAGAUACUUACUAUGGCUUUUACAAAAUUUCUUACAAGGAUGAGAAUUCUAAGCAAAGGUGGUUUGCAGCAACUCAGUUUGAGCCUCUUGCUGCACGGUCUGCUUUUCCAUGCUUUGAUGAACCAGCACUUAAAGCUACUUUUUCAAUCAGGAUCAAGAGAGAUGAGAAACUUUCCACUCUGUCGAAUAUGCCAAAGAAAGCCACUACUCCUGUGACAAAGGGAAUUGUUCAAGAUGAAUUUUUUGUGAGUUUGAAGAUGAGCACCUAUCUGGUAGCCUUUGUUGUUGCAGACUUGAAAAACAUCAGUAUGGAAAUAAAUGGGAGUCUGGUAUCUGUCUAUGCCAUACCGCAGCAUAUAAACCAAGCAGAGUAUGCUCUAAACACAACAGUGAAACUUCUAGAAUAUUACGAGAAGUACUUUUUAAUAAAUUACCCUCUUGAAAAAUUAGAUCUGGUAGCAAUUCCUGAUUUUCAGUCUGGUGCAAUGGAGAACUGGGGCUUGAUCACCUUCCGAGAAACAACGCUCUUGUUUGACAAUAGUGCUUCUUCGGCAAGGGAUAAAAAGCUAAUAACUGCAGUGAUAGCUCAUGAGCUUGCCCAUCAGUGGUUUGGCAAUCUAGUAACUAUGGAGUGGUGGAAUGAUCUCUGGCUGAAUGAAGGAUUUGCCACUUUCAUGGAGUACUUUGCCAUGGAGGAGAUUUUUCCAGAAUUACAUUCAGAUGAAGAUUUCCUAAAUCUAGUAUUCAAGGCUAUGAUGAAGGAUUCUUUGAAUUCUUCACAUCCAGUCUCUUCUGCUGUCCAGUCAUCAGAGCAAAUUGAAGAAAUGUUUGAUGCACUCUCUUACAUCAAGGGAGCUUCACUUCUGAUGAUGCUGAAGCACUAUCUCACUAAAGAUGUUUUUCAAGCUGGCAUUGAGGUGUAUUUGCAUAAUCACAAAUAUGGAUCUGCCCAGAGUGAUGACUUGUGGGACAGCAUGAAUGAGAUCACCAAUGGAACACUAGAUGUAAAAAAGUUAAUGAAAACUUGGAUUCUGCAUAAAGGAUUUCCUUUAGUGACUAUUAACCGAAAAGGAAAGAUCAUCUCAUUACAUCAGGAAAAAUUUUUAUAUCUUGUGGAACCAGAUAAUUGGACAUCAGAUGCGAGUUAUAUCUGGGAUAUUCCUCUCACCUACACGACUAAUACGUGCAACUUUACCCAUUGCGUUAAUGCAUAUUUACUGGACCAGAAAUCAGCUGUCAUUGAACUUCCAGAAGAGGUGGAAUGGAUAAAAUUCAAUGUGGACAUGAAUGGUUAUUACAUAGUAAAUUAUGAUGAAGACUGGGAAACACUGAUUGAUCUGCUGAAAAAAAACCACACUGCUUUAAGUGCUAAAGACAGAGCCAAUUUGAUCAACAAUAUUUUCAACCUUGCAAGUCUGGGAAAAGAGUCUCUGAAAAAGGCCUUUGAGCUGAUUGAUUACCUUAAGGAAGAGAGCAGCACUGCACCACUCACUCAAGCUUUGUUUCAGCUGGGUCUUAUUUUCAGCCUUCUAGAGAAAAGGGGUGAACAACAACUGGCAGCACGUGUCAUGUACAGAAUUGAAUGCCUACUUGGAAAUAAAAUUGAUCAACAGCAAUGGACAGAUGAUGGGACAUUAUCUGAACGAGAACUCCGGUCAAUGCUGCUAACUUUUGCAUGCACCCAUGAUAUAAGAAACUGUAGAACAACCGCGUCUGAGAUGUUUGAUGAGUGGAUGAAAUCUAAUGGAACAAUGAGUCUUCCUAGUGAUCUGAUGAAAGCCAUAUUUAUAACUGGAGCCAAAACUAAUGAUGGCUGGGAAUUCCUCCUAAAGAUGUACUCCUCUUCAGUUCCUGAAGCAGAGAAAAGCAAAAUGAUUGAAGCCUUGGCCAGCACAGAAGAUGUCAGAAAGAUGAUGUGGUUAAUGCAGAACAGCCUUGAGGGAGAAGUCAUCAGGAUGCAGGAGCUUUCACAUAUCAUAGCAACUGUUAGCCACAGUUUGCCUGGACAUUUGCUGGCCUGGGACUUUGUCAAAGAGAACUGGGAAAAACUUACACGAAAGUUUCACCUAGGCUCAUAUACCAUCCAGAAUAUCAUUAGUUCAUCAACUUCCCAGUUUGCAACAAAGGUGCAUCUACUUGAGGUGAAAACAUUUUUUGAGUCAAAAUCAGAAGAGAGCUCUAAACUGCGUUGUGUAAAAGAGGCAAUUGACACAAUUCAGCUCAAUAUCCAAUGGAUGGACACGAACUUAGCAAAGCUACAAGAAUGGCUGUAGUGCACAUAGUGCUGUAGUGUGCCAGCCAUUUAGGAAAUCUGUGGACAUUUGCUCCAUUUCUUUUGCAAAAGCCAGAAUGAAACCAGGCAUCGCUGCAACAUUGUUUGCACUAUUAGAGAGUCUAGAUAGCUCAGGGCAUGUCUCACAUAAAAUUUGAUUUCCCUUGAAGCAUUUAUGUGCAGGAUUUAAGUAUUUAUUCUGAAACUGUUUUCAUCUGUAGACCAAACAUCUCCAUAAGUGAUGAUACAUAAUUCUUAUAUUUGAAACUUACACCCUUACACAAUUUGGAGUCAUGUUCUAGUUUCUCAUCAGUGGAAUUAAUAAUUUUUUUUAAUGUAAAAAUACAGGGACUUUCCACAGAAACUACAGAAGCUGUUGGGCAACAAAAUCAUACUUAAGAUACCUAUUAGUGGAUUGAACCAUAACUGAUGUUGCUAUGUUAUCUGUGAGCAACUGCACAAAACUACUAUUGGAAGAGGCUACAGGCUAGUUCAUCUGUUACAGUGACUACUGAUUUCUUCACUUUUGACUAUUCAAUUUCAUGACCUGUUUCAGAGGUUCUGCCAUUAGUCAGUGUGUGUCAGCCACUUCGUUUGGAUAAGUGUAUGCUUUUUUCCCUUGCUUGUUAAUUCUUAUAUUACAGGACAAGUUGUGUACACUGUUUCUUGUUUUAAUGUAGUUUUAGAAAUCUUCUCAUUUAGAUUUUAAUGGUUUCUUCUUCCACUGUUUUGAAAAGCCUUGUGAGACAAAUCUGCAAAUUCUUUAAAAGAAGGGGAUCUAAAAGCAGAGUUGUACCACAUUGGAAAGGCAAAAUACCAAUUGUGCAUUCUGUCUGUCUUUCAAAAAGAGUGAAAAGGUCAUUUUUGAGGCAUAGCAUAUACAUACAACACAUAGAAGAGUAAGCGUACUUGUUUAUGUGGAGAUGUGAUGAUGUUUUCAAAUGUUCAUUUCACUACUGAUGCGCCUUUCGUGGAUUCUUGCAAGCAGAUUCACCUGUUGUCUUAUUACAAGCCAACUACAUGAUCAGUUCAACUACUGUGAAAGUGUUAACAGAAGCUGAAUUUUUUGAACUUAACAACUUUAAUUUACCAGUAAAUUCUGAAGUAGAUAACAGUUUCAAUUUGUCACAGGCAAUUCAAACUGAAGGCUUUAAUUUACGAAACUGCAGCAUUGGCUGUACAGUUAAUUAGCUGAAACUGUAAGCUAUGAUUGCUUUAACCAUGCUGUGCUUUUCCCAUCCUUUCAGAAUGGAAAUUUCUUUCCUAGAAAAGAAAUUUCUCAUUUUUUCAUCAGCUCACAUUAAAAAUAACAUUUGCAGUUCUAAUCUUGAAGUUGUCAGAAAGAAUGUUAGCUUUGAGAGUUGUGCAAACAUUUGUUUGCCCAGAAAUGAACAAUUUCCACAGGUACUUAAGAAGGAAUUGGUGGUGUAAGCACUUGAAAGUAGGUCAUACCAUUCUACUUCCAUACAAAUUAUGCAAUUAGUUAAUUACAGUUCUGUGUUCUUUGUUGUUGUUUUUUUUUUAGCCAACUGUCAUGUCUUAUGGUUUUAUUUCAUUUAUUUUAAACCUUUGUGCUCUUUGCAUAAAUAUUAUCUCCAUAUUUGUAUAUUUGUGUGUACAUAGUUAGCAGUUUUGUUUUGCAGUCCCUUCUCAAUGUUAAAUGAGAAAACAAUAGUUCGUUUCACUUGUCAAUUUUGUCAAACUUGUUUUUCUUCAGCUCUGACUGAUACUGAGGCAUAUAAAAUUUUAAAUGGAAACUGUGGAGGAACAUCCCCUCUUCCUCCUGAUUUCUGCUGUAGGAUUUUUUAACAUUUUAUUCAGAUGCUUUACUGGUAAUUAGCUCUUUUCAAGGAAAUUGCAUGCAGCUGAUCUUCAGACUGUGAACUGUACGAAGAAAGUCUGGAAGAUCAAAGAGAUUUUGGAGGGAUUUCUGAAUAUUUUUUCAUUUUACUAUUCUUUUUUAAAAUAAACAGUACUUUCAGUAUGUCAGCUUUAGAGGAUUUUAUAUCAUUUUCUGUCACGUAGUCUAUAACUUCAUUAAAAGUUGUUCUGGAGUCUUUCUUUCAAGUGAAAUUCUUAAAUAUACUCCCCUGUUUUUGAGAUUACUGGGAACUGAUGAAGGUUAGAAUGGCAAAGGCACGAGCAAUGAAUUGCCCUUUAGAGUCACAUCUGUCAUACCUUACUGCAGAAGAUGAAUUCAUACUAGUUCUUUGAGUUUUCUUUGGCUUCUGGUCAAAUGAAAAACAAGUAGUAGCCAGCAGCAACACUUUAGUUAAUUUGUAUAGUGUUUUCUAGUUGAAAUUGCAGAGCUAAUGCUUUUUGUACGUCUUAGGACACUCUUAUUUUGCAGUAGAGCAGCUUUACAGUGCAAAGUUGUGCUGACGCUGCAUCAUCUCCUGCAGUGUGAAAUGACGGUGUUUAAUACUUCAGAACUGUACAGUUUAUACUUGGAUGGACUGCAUCAGCUACUGUCCUCACAGCCAUUGUGCACUGGUUAUUUCAUUAGUUCCCAGUAUCCUCAGUUCAUAAUGGGUGCACUUGUAAUUUUAAGGACUAAUUGUGGUGAAAAUCAAAUAUGCGUGUAAAUAUUUUUUACUUCUGUAAGUAAAACAAAAUAAAUACUUUUCUGAUGUAAAAUUUGCCUAUCAGGAAAAGUGCAAGCAAGCAUUUGAGCCCUGGAGAAAGGUUUGAACCCUCUGCCAGCUCGCCUCCUUUUUUUUUUUUUUUUUUUUAAUUCAGAAAUGGAAAAAGUGCAAAUAGUGUAAGACAGAGCAUAAAGCUUCUAAUGUGUGAAAAGAUGGCAACACAUGGAAUGAAGAAGUUUAGAAUAGGUAUAGUUUCUUCUGUGUAACUGAUCACAGAGAUGAUCAUUGUGUCUUAUGGCUUGUAAUUGAAGCAAUAUGCCAGACAAUGUGUCAGCUUAAACACCCUGUUUUCCUUCAGGAGCCAGCUGAGGUCUUAGAGGCUGAGGAGACUUGUUUCUGUGAGCACAAUUCAACUCUGAGCUGUUGGGGAGGCAGAAUACCAUUGCUGAAGGUGCUUUCCUGUCAUAUAGAUCUUUUCAUGGUUAAGUGAGGUAUGCUGGAGGGAGAACAACUGAGCAGUGUUGACUUAUGUCCUGUAAAUAUAAUAAAAACUGUACUUUAUCAUACAAGUUUUCCAGUUAUGGAACUGCCACAUACACAAGCAUUUCUAAAAUAAUGUCACAGCAGCUCCCAGUUAUUUUAUUGCUGUCAAGCUCAUUCUGCUUCACAUUAAUCCUGAAACAUCCUUCUUGUCCGCUCAUCUAUGGAAAUCCCUCACUUGAUAGACAGCCAGCGUGCGUGGGCUGUAAAAUCUGUAUUAGUUGUUGGGCUUGGCACUGAGAAGGUUUAGAAAGAUACUGUCUGCACAGAGAGGAGAAAUUUUAGAUCUUGAAGCUUUUGAGAUAGAUUGUGCAUGCAUUGUAAGAGUGAGCUAUGAGGAAAGAAAUGGUGGGAGUAAUUACUUCAUCUUGGUGGCCAGCAGAUACAGGAUGUGUAACUUUCUAAAUUUUUUUUUAAGCAAACAGUUUGAGUCUAUCUUUCACCUGUUCUCCCUUUGGUAGAACAUUCCAUUUUCUGACAGACUGUACCAUCCUUCCUUUGCUUUUUUGGAAGAUGGUAUCUUUCUCUCCACUCUGAAAUUCUGUUAAUUCUAUUAAUUAAUAUUAAUGCUGCCUCAGUAACCAUUCUCACUUUUAUGCACGUGCUGCAUUCGGUCAUGUACAUUUUAGCUUCUCACAUAACUCUGAUCCUUGAGUCAUGUAGCACACUCAGUUUGCCACACGCUAAACAUUUACUGUUUGACGUUUACAAUAAAGUGCAUAUAUAAAAUCAUUUUUAAUAGUAAUAUUCUUUAUGCUUAUCACUUUCAUCAAGAUGCUACUAAAUGUUCAAAGAUUUUUGUUACUUUUUUUAAGGCAUGGAGUCAUAUAUUUACCAUAUUAAACUCAGGUCAUAUUGCUAAAGAAUUUAAAUCUUUAAUUUUGCUGUGCUAUUUAAACCUGCUGUUGUAAUAGAGAGACUGAUUUUUAUAUGUGAUAAUUUAACUUUGGUCCAGAAUAGGAGACAGGCAUCUUUUUUGAAUUAGUAACGGUGGCACUACACAAAUUGUAACACAAUCUUAAAGAUACAGCUUUUAAGAAAAUACUAGCUUGAAUGGAUUUAAACAGCCUAAUUUGAAUAGAGUUCUUAAAAAUGAAGUAUAGAUUUUCUAUUCCAAGAUUUGGAGACUGGAAGAGUUUGAACAAACAGCAUAAAACCACUUUCUAGAAUGAGAACUGAGUCCUGUCUUCAUUAAGUCAAGGUUAAGUUAUGGUUGAACUGAAGGAUCUUGUAGGUCUUUUCCAACCUAGCUAAUUCUAUGAUUCUAAGUUAGGUAUCCCUGAAAAAUACCUAUUGAGUUCAUUUGGAAAUGCUGUGUAGUGUAGGUACUUAUAAAGGGUUGCUCUUUGUAUUUUAAACACUGUAGAAAUUUACAAGACGAUGUCAAUUCACAGGUGUCUGAACUGUGAGUGGUAAAACUGCAGGUUGUAAAAUACCUGCUUUCAAAUGGGGAUUCAAAUAUUCUAUAUGUGUGUGUGUACGUACGGAUAUAUAUAAAAUAUGCAAAGUUGUCUGUUUCAUUUGUAAAGGGAGAAAAAGCUUAUUUUCUUCAUAUUUCAGAGAAAUGUUUUUGCAUAUUACCAGCACUGAUUUGAAAGGCAUAUGUACUGCGAACACUAUUGCUUUUUGUGAGAUAGAAAUAAAGUAUUUCAAUAUAA